AAACCAACUCUCCACCAUCAAACCCACCUCUCAACACCACACCUCACCUCAAUACUCCACCACCCACCAUGUCUUCUCCCUCCACCAUGACCCCCAACAACGAAGACCACCACCUCUUCGACGACCUCCUCGACCUGACCUCCGCCCGCACCGCCGACCACGACCUGCACUACCUCACCUCUCUCCGCGCCGCUUACCCUGACUUCAUCAUAACCGCCAUCCCCACCUCCAACAUCCCGCUCCUCGCCUUCGCAUCCUCCGGCCACGCGACCGCCACCCUCGACAAGGAAACCGACUCUUUCGCUUCCUGGAGGGGAUACGUCGGACCCUCGGCGAACGCCCGGGAUGGAGCGCUGGCGGAAAGCGUGCACUUUGGGAAGUAUGGGUAUGUGUGGAAGGGGGAGGAAUUUACGGUUUGGAUUGUGGAUGGGGUGCAGUAUGUGGGUAAGGAGAGGGAAGGGGCGGAGCACCCGCUUGGACCGUCGGGGGGGACGGAUGCGUUGAUCAAGGCGGUUGGGGGGUGGUUGUUGGAUGAUGUGGUAUGGGUCUACGACGGCUACUGGUACCAAGACAAGAAACUCUACGCGGAAGUCUCGAAGAUGGACUGGUCGAAAGUCAUCCUCGACGAAGGCAUGAAACGAGAAAUUCAACAGGCGGCGGAUACAUUCUUCGACUCGAAGGAUGCGUAUGACGGACUAGGAGUUCCUUGGAAACGCGGCCUCCUCUUCCACGGCCCCCCCGGAAACGGAAAAACAAUCUCCAUCAAAGCCCUCAUGCACGGCCUCCUCUCCCGGCGUCCCCACCGCAUCCCAACCCUCUACGUCAAAACCGCGCCCCGCGAAUACAACAUCAAAGACGUCUUCGACCAAGCCCGUCGUCUCGCACCCUGCAUGGUCGUCCUCGAAGACGUCGAAACGAUCGUCACCCCGUCCACCCGCUCUUACUUUUUCAACCAAAUGGAUGGACUGGAAGAUAACUCUGGUCUCUUUGUCGUCGCGUCGACGAAUUAUUUGGAUCGACUGGACCCCGGGUUGACGAGUCGGCCGAGUAGGUUUGAUCGGAAGUAUUUGUUUCCCUUGCCGAAUGAACACGAGAGGACGUUGUAUUGUGAGUUUUGGAGGGGGAAGGUGGUGAGGAAGGGGGAGGUGGAGUUUCCGGAGAAGCUCUGUCCGGCGAUGGCGCACAUCACCAACGGCUUCUCCUUUGCUUUCCUUCAAGAAUGUUUCGUCGCUAGUCUCCUUUCUCUGAUCCAUCAGGAGGAGAAGGGGGACAAGAAGAAGGAUGAUCUGGAAAAGUAUGAAUUGUGGGUGGCGUUCAAGAAGCAAGCCGACAUUCUCCGCAAAGAGAUCCGCAACGACGAGCAGAACAGUCAGCAGACGAGGGAUGAGGGGGAGGCGAUGUUCAGUCUUGGUCCCAGUAUGGGGGGAAUGGAUCUCCGUGGUCCCGGCGUGGCGCCCGUCAUGAGCGGUGCUGGAGGACAGAACAUGCCGUUUGGCAAGCAAUUGGCAGCGGUGGAUCAGACGCUGCAGCAAUUCCGUGUGGUCGACGAGGGCACGCCUAGACUGCCGGUUGGGAAGGGGAGGUACAUCAACAGUGCGGCGUGGGAGGAGAGAUGA